UUCUGCAUGAGGCAACACUUUCACUUCCACUCAUUUCUCGUCCUCAUAAAAAAGCAGCAAUUUUGAUUUGUUUUUAGACAACAGAAGCGAAUUCAGGAUCAUGGGUUGCACUCUCUUCUCUUCUUCUCGAUUUUUCUCUUGCCCAAAUAAAGAAGUGGAUGGUUCUCUGAGGAAUUUGAGAAGCUCAUUCUAUGGUGCCCAUAUAGUGUUUGAUAAAAAUUUUCUGAGAAGAAACAUAAAAUGUAGCGGUCGUAGCUUCUCUGUCGUGGCCUCAGUGCUUGGAAGGAGGGUCAAGGGCCGAGAGACUGUAAUUCCUGAUCCAGAUUACAGAAUUCCAAUAAUUUUACUUGGUGCUGCUGGCGGGUUAGCUUAUACUGAUAAUUUGCUACCAGCUGUACCUAUUGGUCUUCUUGGGCUACUGCUACUGGUCCAGGCUACUCGAGUAAGAUUUGUCUUUGACAAUGAGGCAUUGGAGGUAAAAAUAGGCGAUCAGCUUGAAGACUCUGGUGAAAAUGCCUUUGUGGGUGGAAAGAAUCGUUGGAAAUAUUCCACUUUCGUGAACUGGGAGUUAUGGUGGCCAAAUUUUCCCAUUCUGGUGUACUUCAAAGAAACUCAAACAAAGCCAGAAGGCCAAGUGCACUUCUUCCCAGUAAUAUUUAAUGGGAAGCAACUGUAUGAUGUCAUGGUGGAAAGAGCUGGUCCUUCAAAAACUAGUGGACCGAAAGAAUCCUAAAGAACAGACCCUUUUUCCAGUAAACUUGAUCAGGAAAGCUAUGGGCGUGGCCACAACCAGUUGAGUUUCACAUCAAGAUCCUUCUCCAUGUACAUAAUUCAUAGACCAGAUUUUGAGGCUGCUUUAGUGACAGCCAAACUUUAGAGUAUCACCAUAUAAGUAUAUUGAUAAUACCCAUAGACGGUAAGAGAUAACAUUCAUACUGUGAGAAUUGAGUAUCUUUAUAUGAAAAUUAUACCAAGUCUAAUGUUACCCUUAAACCGUUUUCUA